GCUCAGGUUACAUUCGCUUGCAGAGCUGAGCGCGGGAGACAGGACCGAGCAGAGAGCCGCUGGUUCUACGCGGGUCGGCGGGCGCCCCACGUCCCGGAGCCGCCACCCAGCAUCACACAGACCCCACCCCCGCCUGGCCAGGCUCCACCCCAGCCCAGGACCCUCAUCACUAGCAUGGACUGCUGUACCGAGAGCGCCUGCUCCAAACCGGACGACGACAUCCUAGACAUCCCGCUGGACGACCCUGGUGCCAAUGCUGCCGCUGCCAAAAUCCAGGCGAGUUUCCGGGGCCACAUGGCGCGGAAGAAGAUAAAGAGUGGAGAGCGCGGCCGGAAGGGCCCGGGCCCCGGGGGGCCAGGCGGAGCUGGGGGCGCCCGGGGAGGCGCGGGCGGCGGUCCCAGCGGAGACUAGGCCAGAACUGAAUUAUUUUCGAAGUUCCCAAGGACAGAUGGAUGCCGCGUCCCCUUCGCAGUGAUGAGAAUUUCCUACCGUGUUGUGACCCCCUCUUUGCCACCAACCUGCCAGCUUCAGGAGCCCCUGCGUCCCAGAGACUCCCUCUCCCAGGCAGGCUUCGUCGCGGAGCUGCCAAGUCCGUGCCCUACUAGUUAGCGCUCCGGUCUAACGUGGUCCCCCUGCUGUUCUCUCCCCACCCUCUCCGCAGACCCCGGGCCCCCAAAUUCCCCGCCUUGUGCUUCCCGCCCACCUCUCCCAGCACCCAGCAUGCAGCUCUGCCUCCGCAGCGCCGGGGCGCUGUCCUGCGCACCUGCGGAGGGCGCCCCAGCCUCGCCGAACACACACACACUUGAAAAGGAAAAAAAGUCCUUUCGUUCUGCGCGCAACGAAAGGGGGCGCCCCGCGUCUCUGUGCAGCUCCCGCCCUGUCUGGCCCCAGAACUUUAGGUCUGGAGCAACCAAAGAGGGUUUUGAUGACGUCAGAUGCCCCUUGCUCUGAUCAGAAGGAAAGGCCCUGUCCUACACCUACCUGCCUGUCAUGUCCCCUUCCUGACCCGCAGCGCACCCCGAGAGUAGCCUCGGCAGCUCUCAGGCUGUUUAUGCAAAGCCGAGCGCCUGGAGACUCGGUAGGAGGAGUCUUUCACGGCCCAGCCUUGUCCCCCCGCAGGCCCAGCCCCGUCGGGCUCCUGGGGCUGUGGCCGGAAGGUUUUUAAUCUCUGCGUGUGCAUGUGACUGUGCUGGGUUGGAAUGUGAACAAUAAAGAGGAAUGUCCAA